AUGUCUCUGGGCCUCACGGGGAAGCUGCCCUUCCACACGGUGUACCUGCACGCCAUGGUGCGGGACGCCCACGGCCGGAAGAUGUCCAAGAGCCCUGACCUUUCCAAUGUUGCGCUCGCGGCGAGCUUGGGCAACGUGAUCGACCCACUAGAGGUCAUUGACGGCAUCUCCCUAGAGGAUCUUCACAAGAAGCUCUACGAAGGGAAUCUGCCUGACAAGGAGAUCGAGAAGGCCAAGAAGGGCCAGUCCCAGGAGUACCCGGACGGCAUCCCCGAGUGCGGCGCCGACGCCCUGCGCUUCGGGCUCUUGGCCUAUACCCUGCAGGGCAGGAACGUGAAUUUGGACAUCAACCGCGUGGUGGGUUGGCGGCUAUUUUGCAACAAGGUGUGGAACGCCACGCGCUUCGGGCUCAUGUACUUCGGACCGGAGUUCCGGUUCCCGGGGUCCUUGAAGCCGGACCUGGCGCUGGCCUGGGAGGACCGCUGGAUCGUCUCCCGGCUCAGCCACUGCGCCGCCAGGAUCAACGAGAGCAUGGAGAAGUACGAGUUCGCCAAUGCCACCAGCGCGGCGCACCAGUUCUUCCUCUACGAGCUCUGCGACGUGUAUCUGGAGCUCCUGAAGCCCCGCUUCUACGGGGAGACCGAGGAGGAGAAGGUCUUGAAGGACCGCGAGGUGGCGCGGCAGGUGCUCUACGUGUGCCUGGAUUGGUCCAUGCGGCUCAUGCACCCCUUGCUGCCCUACCUCACCGAGGAGCUGUACCAGCGGCUGCCGCCCUCUCCGGUGAAGUGCGAGUCCAUCUGCGUGGCGCCCUUCCCGACCACGGUGCACGCCUGGCGCAACGAGGCGCUCGAGAAGGAGAUGGAGGUGACCUCGGAGGUGGCGCGGCAGUUCCGGUCCCAGAAGACCUCGCUGGGCUUCUCCCCGGGCGCACGGCCCGGGGCCUUCGUGCGCCACGAGGAGACUCCGAGGCGCGGCAGCAGCUGGAGAAGCUCACGGCCCAGAUCGCGCGCAUGGCCGGCCUGGGCUCCCUCGAGGUGCUCGGCGAGGGCGCGGCGGACCCCAGUGGCACCAUGCGGGACGUGGUGA